ACAUUAAUGAUCUGAACAAUACUAAUGUUCCACAAGUGGUUAGAAUCAAUUAUUGAAGUUGAUGCUUCUUUCUUGGUUGAAAAUAUCUUCUCAGCACAGUGAUUUUCACAGGUCCAACUACCAGUAUUUACAGGAAUUCAACGAAGGAGAUAGUUAGGAAGUCCCUUCCUAACCUGCAAGUGUAAACUGCAAUAUAGCCUCGCCUGAUUCAAGUUCUUUACCCAACACAGACAGAGAGAGCUGCGACAGAAGAAGUAAAGAAUCUGAUCAUGAGCGGGGAGCAGGAGAAGGAGUGCCAAGCAAAACGGCUGAAUAUAGAUGAAAAGGUUCUGGAGAAACUAGACCAGCUAAUUGGUGUGGCCAAAAAAGCUGAAGUUAACGAUAAAGAAAUCUUCAAGAAGGCGCUGGAUGACCUCGUUAAUGUCAACUCACUCUUCACGAUAGCUGUGUUCGUGGGGUUAUCCGUGGCUUCUCGCAACCAGUAUAGCCUUGAAAAUCGACGAGAAUGUGACGCGGGUCCAGAGGUGGCAAAGAGACUUGUUGUCUUUGAAGUUAUAUCUUUUGCUUGCUUCCUCUUAUCUAGCCUGAUAGCCAAAUCACUCAAGGUUUUUCUCAACCUUUUUCGCCCUCAUAAAUUCGAAGGACACAGGUUUUUUGGAUGGGCCAGGGGCGUUGCCUUCUUAUCCUCAGUGAUGGCGUCAACUACUGGGAUUGUGCUCUUGACACUUUCAAUGGCCGAUGUUGUACAGAUAAAGGUGGGGAAGCUGUCCUGUGGGAGCUAUUAUUCUGUCACUGCAGUGGCUACGCUCUCUGUGAUUGUGUUUAUUGGGGUGCUUAUUUAUUUGCCAUCAAUGUUGUUCACUAUAUAUUAUAUCAUGUUCCGGUUCCCAAAUCAGGUUAGCUCAAAUGAUAAGGGAUCUCAGAGUUGGGUGUAAGAGUUUCCAGUGUGAAAAAAAAAAGUUGCUGUCCAGUAUUUUUAAUCUCGAAGCGCAACGAAAACCUGUAAAAGGGUGGUGUUUAUUUUA